GUUCUCAGUGUGAUAGCUGAUUAUUCCUAAACGACGUGAAGUUAGCUCCUCACAUAUUGCAUUGUUGAUCCUCUGAAUUUCACAAAAUAAUUAAUUUUCUCAAAAUUUAACAAUUAGUGUGUCAAAAUGGUGUUAGAAAGUACUAUGAUUUGUUUGGAUAACAGCGAUUAUCAACGCAAUGGUGAUUACCUUCCAACGCGAUUAAAUGCACAAAAAGAAGGAAUUCACUUAGUUUGUAACACAAAAUUGCGAUCAAAUCCAGAAAAUAAUGUUGGUCUCUUGACAAUGGCUAACACUGUAGAGGUAUUAGUUACUUUAACUGGUGAUGUUGGAAGAAUUAUGUCAAAAAUGCAUCUUGUUCAGCCAAACGGAAACAUUAAUUUGGUUACAGGCAUUAGAAUUGCCCAUCUUGUUCUUAAACAUCGUCAAGGAAAGAAUCAUAAAAUGCGCAUAGUAUUGUUCAUCGGAUCGCCAUUGGAAGUAGAUAAAGUUGAGGUCGAGAAAUUAGCCAAGAGAUUAAAGAAAGAAAAAGUGAAUGUCGAUAUAAUAAGUUAUGGAGAUCAUCAGAAGAAUAAUGAUGUUUUAACAGCAUUCAUUAAUACAUUAAAUGGCAAAGAAGGAACUGGAAGUCAUUUAGUAAGCGUUCCUCGAGGUUCCCAAUUACAAGAAGCUCUAGUUUCAUCACCAAUUAUUCAAGGCGAAGAUGGAUUGGGAGGUGCAGGAAUUGGCGGUGCUGGUUUUGAAUUUGGCGUUGAUCCUAAUGAAGAUCCAGAAUUAGCACUCGCAUUACGAGUUUCAAUGGAAGAACAACGUCAAAGACAAGAAGAGGAACAAAGACGUGCUCAGGCUGCUUCUGCACAAGAAACUGCAGACACAAGUGCACCAGUAAUCUCAUCUGCUGCACCAACAUCUGAUGAAGCUAUGCUUGAACGUGCUCUGGCUCUCUCAACAGAGACUCCGGUAAAACGUCAUCGAAGCGAUGAGGUUAUGCCUGACUUUGCGAAUAUGACUGAAGAGGAGCAAAUCGCUUUUGCAAUGCAAAUGUCUAUGCAGGAUGCUCAAGAACCAAUUACUCAACAAGCUAAGCGUCCCAAGAAAGACGACACGCCAAUGGAUGUAGACGAGGACUAUAAUGAAGUAAUUACUGAUCCAGAAUUUCUGCAGAGCGUCUUAGAAAAUUUGCCUGGCGUAGAUCCACAAUCAGAAACAAUUCGAGGCGUUGUUGACUCAUUGAAUAAGGAUAAAAAGUCUGAUAAAGAUAAGGACGGAAAGGGUGGCAGUGGAUCGAAAUAAAACUCCUAAAAAAUUUAUAUAUUUCAUUAGAAAAUAUUGAAGAUUGAUUCAGUGUGCACUAAUAUCCAUCAAUUUCUAAAUAAUUAAUAAUAUUUUGCAUUCUUAUUUGUAUAUGUUAAACUUGAUGCAAGUGAAAAAGAUAAAUUUUGAUUCAAGAAAGCAGUCAGGAUGAAGAAUUAAAGAAAUAAUAAAUAAAAGGAUCAUGAGAAAAAAAGUUUAUUCAGUC